AUGGGCCGUCGCAGUGUCAAAUUUCACAGCCUGGCGUGGGAGACGCCCCCGCUGGGCUGCCCCGGCCCGGGUCCGUGUUUGGAGGUUCUCCUCAGAAAGCCGGGUUCUGUUGCGGGGACCACCGUUGCACCGGUGAUGGUGUACCCGGCCCGGGGAAGUACUGAUGCUCAUCAGGUGUCAUACAAACGCUUCAGGAGGAGGAUUCUGCUCAGGCGCAGCGGUGACGGCCCCGUUGCAAGUACUCCUCUGGCCACUGGAGGGCGGUAUUCACGUUGCCGUGACUUGGACCGAGUCUGUCAGAGACUGGAGUUGGACUCUCCACCCGGGAGCCCCCCAAAACCCAGAGCCACCCAGAAUGGGACGGAAGGAAGUUUCCGGGAAACAGUUCCGGAUGCUGCAGGCGUGCUCCACCACGGCACCGCCAUCACGCCGCGGACCAUCACCGCCGGGAGCGCGUGCGAGAGCGGCCACGCCCCACAACAGGACGCCAUGGCGUCAACCAAACCAAGGCAGUGGAAAAAUGCCAUGAACGAGGAGACGCGAUCACUGGAGGAGAACGAGAGCUUCAGCCUCACCCAGCUGCCACCAGACGUUGACGACAAGCUGAGUGGCGAUCUUCAGCCAUUUGCCGUCCUGAACGGGGCUUCCGUGGACCCACAGAGCAAGGCACUUCUGAAGAUGGCUGCACCCUCGCUGCUGAACGACUACUACACGAGGCUGCUGGACUGCAGUAGUGAUGGGAUGGUGGCCUUGGCCCUGGGCCCCUCGGUUUACCUGUGGGACUCGGAAAAACAGUCUCUAAGUGGACGUCUGCACCCAAAGCCGCCUCAUCACAGACAGCAGGCCAUCUCGUCUGUCUGCUGGAGCAGAGACGGCAGGCGUCUCAGUGUCGGCACCAGACGAGGAGACAUACAGGUGCAGUAAGACCCACAUCUGUGGGACGUGGAGCGCCAGAGCACAGUGGGCUGCUUGCAGUCCCAUCUGUCUGUGGUGAGAGCGCUUUCCUGGAAACAGCACUUACUGAGCAGCGGCUCUAUCCUGGGACAUAUACAUCACCAUGACCCACGGGCUCCUGCUCCUCUGGUUGGCAUGGCGAUGCAGAAGGCCGGCGUGUGCUCUCUGGAGUGGUCGCUGGCAGAGGACCGGCUGGCCAGCGGCUCCACCGACGGCCUCCUCAGCGUCUGGGAUGCUGAUGUCGCGGUGCCCUCGGGGACACGCCAGCCCAUCACCACGAUGAGACAACCCAGCGCCGUUAAGGCAAUGGGUUGGUGUCCAUGGCAGAGACAUCUGAUUGCAACAGGCGGAGGCUGGGAGGACGGAGCAGUAAGGGUUUGGGACGCGCUGGCGGGGGCCUGCGUUGACUCCGCCCCCACACAUUCACAGAUCUGUUCUCUGCUGUGGGCUGAGAAGAAAAGGCUGCUGGUCACCGGUCACGGACCCCCCCACCACCAAAUGACCUGCUGGGAUUGGGAGACCCCCUCCCUCCGCCACCGACACCAGCUAAUGGCAACGCUGCUGUCCACAAGUCCACCUGAGGUCCUCGUGGACGCUGUUCGUGACCAACACCUCACAAGCUCCUACAACAAGGCCACGGCUGUUGUCCUCUUUCAGUGUGGUCACUCGAACCGGGUCCUGCACUUGGCCCCGAGUCCCUGCGGUACCAAGCUGGUCUCUGCAGGAGCCGACCACUGCGUUCACAUCUGGGCCGCGUAG